AUGCAUCUUAUCCAAGACCCAUCAAAGCCACUGGUCAGCACCCGGGAACCAAUCUUAUUCGAGAAAGUCUUGGAAUUUCUAUACAAAUCCGACUACACGGUUCCCAGAAAUCCUAUCAUCAAACCUGUCGGUACUUCUGAAAUUCAAGCUUUCAAGAAAGCACAGCUGGCCAAGGUUAAUGCGGAUAAAACCAGGACCGCACAAUCUACCGAACCGAAGCUCGAGGAAACCGAAGACCUAGGGAGCCUUGAAGCGUUCGACCAACUCGACAAUGAAUUAGAAGAAAUGGAGGAUGCAGUUCAAGAAGAUAUCCUCCACGGUGACGAAGUCUUUCUCGAGAAAUGUCACCCAUGCUAUUUCCACGCACGGAUGUACAUCGAAGCAGGCUGGUGGAAGGUCCAAGACCUCAAGGUCAAGGCGAAAGCACACUUCACGAAAGCAUUCAUGGAUAACCCGGAUCCGAAGUCCUUCUCCAAAACGAUUGAGACAAUCUACGCCAUCAACACGAACUGUGCCGAGCUCAAGGAUGAAGUGAUCAAGUCUAUUGUGCCAAAUAUUCCAAUGUUCUGGAGAGGAGCAGGGGGGGUCGGAAUCGCCACCGGUUCUUAA